AUGGGGUCUAUCAGUCGACAACAGUUUUUUCAAGAGCUCGCGGAGGGCUGUCUGCUUCCCACUGCACAGCAGGGGAUCGAGCAAGUUUGGCAGCUGCUGGUCAUCUGCCUACUUUGCCGACUGUUGUGGAGAUUUGGCCUGCCAUCCUACAUAAAACACCUGACCACAGUGGCGGGAGGGUUUUAUGCCCUGUACCUGUUCUUUGAACUACACAUGGUGUGGGUGGUGCUUCUUAGUCUGCUCUGCUACCUCAUCCUCUUCCUCUGUCGACACUCUAGCAUCAGGGGCACUUUUCUCUCCAUUACUGUCCUCAUUUAUCUGCUUUUGGGGGAGCUGCAUAUGAUGGAUACCACCACUUGGCACAAAAUGAGAGGUUCUCAGAUGGUCGUGGCCAUGAAGGCAAUAUCUUUGGCCUUUGACUUGGACAGGGGCAAAGUUGAAAGUGUUCCCUCCCCAGUGGAAUUCAUGGGCUACAUUUAUUUUGUGGGCACGGUUAUCUUCGGGCCAUGGAUCAACUUUAACAGCUACCGUGAUGCCGUGGAAAGUCGCAAGCUUAGUUUCUCGUGGAUAGUGAAGGCGGUCUGCAGCUGGAUAAAGUGUCAGAUAUGCCUGAUCUUAUCAAACUGCGUCUCACCUUACCUGUUCUCCUACUUCCUCCCCAUAUUUGGAGACAAGCUGUUCCGCAGGUCAAGACGAAAAAUCAGAGGUUCUUUUGUGAGGUGGCUCCUGGCGUAUCAGAACACGCUCUCCUUCCAUUUCAGUAACUACUUUGUUAGUUACCUGAGUGAUACGACCACCACACUGGCAGGAGCUGGUUUUACAGAGGAGAAAGAGAACCUUAAGUGGGACUUGGUAGUGGUGAAACCGCUAAAUGUGGAGUUUCCCAGGUCUAUGGUGGAAGUGGUGACCUCUUGGAACAUACCAAUGUCUCGAUGGCUCAACACUUACGUUUUUAAAAGUGCUCUCAAGUUUGGCACCUUCCACGCUAUACUUGUGACCUACACAGCAAGUGCCCUCCUUCACGGUCUAAGCUUUCAUAUUGGCGCAGCACUGUUCACUCUGGGCUUCAUGACAUAUGUGGAACACGUGCUGCGGAAACGGUUGGCCACCGUUUUAAAUGCCUGUGUGUUGUCGAAGAAAUGCCGGCCGGACUGCAGCCAUAAAAACAAAAAGGCUCUGUGGGUGUACUUGAUUAAUUUGACCUUCAGCGGCCUAGCAGUCUUCCACUUAAUUUACCUGGGAGCACUGUUCGACUCCAGUUCGGAUGAUAUGGACGUAGAUGAGGAUGGCUUAGCCAAUCACACCAUACAGAAGUGGACAGAGCUGAGCUGGGCCAGCCAUUGGCUGACGUUUGCUCUUUGGGUGUUCUAUCGCCUUAUUAUCUAG